AUCGCACGCUCCGCCGUUAAUAAAUCGCGCGCUCGCGGUUGCUCGGGGCUGCUUUCUCUCUCGCCCUCGCUCUCACGCUCCCCUUCGCUUCCUCCGGUUGACCGUCCCGCCCGCACCAGCAUCCCGGGCGACUCGUAUCCUCGUCGACGUCAUCUGACGCGUGAGCUCCGAGAACUGUCCGACAGGCGAGGACGAAAACAGGAGGAGCGUCCUCUCGCAACGAUAACCGUGACGUUCGCGCAUGUGAGUGUGUACCAUACGUGUGUGUGUGUGUGUGUGUGUGCGUGCGCGUGCGUGUGUUGUGUAAUCCGCGUGUAGGUGCGGAUUCGGGUGUGUGGUCUUCGCACGCGCGCGCGACGCCCGGGCCGGAGGUCCGCUGCAACGUGAGAACGAAGGAAGUGUCAUUCGCGUGCCACCGGAGCACGUGGCACCUCGUGGCAGUUUGAGCGUGUCCUUCGCGACGCAGUGUCGUCCGGCGUGAGAAUUUUCCGUACAUUCUUCCCGUCCCGCGACAACGACGACGACGACGACGACGACGACGACGAUGACGACACGACUCAGAUCCGCGACUACUUCGAUCCGUCGCGACGCCGAUUAGACGCGAAUCAGACGGCCAGCUAACGUUCUUAUCAAAGGUCCCGCUCGUCUCUCUUGGGUUCGAGAAUUUCCGUCAAAAGAGUGCGGUGGCGCGCGCUUACGCGGAGAUUCACUCACGCACUUCGUCGCACGCUACGAUCCAAGAUUGACAUUUUGAGAUGCUCCGCCGCGUAGAAGAGAGCGAGCGUGUUACUCCUGAAAAUUAUCGCAAGAUGAAAACGCGAUAAAAACAUCGCACAGUGUCCGUACGACACAUACGCGUCCUAUCUCGUCCUUCAAGUUCGCCCGCACGUAAUCACCCGUGCAGUGUGGGGCUCUCCGUCGUGACGAUACAGUUACGAUCGUGUUCGAUAAACAGUGAUUGCGCUCGGCACGGCAAGAAAACGCUUACAAACUGCGUUGCGCGCGAGAGGAUUGUGCACACGUGUUUGUGCGCGAUUUACACAGCGUCGUGAAAAAGUGGAGUAAGGAGGAGCGCGCAGGGUACAUCGUGAGAUCGCAGGACGAGCGCGUUUGGUCCGUCGCGACGAGAUUUCCGCCGUCCGUGUGUCGCGCUCGCUUCCUUUCGCCGCGCGGCCUUCCUCCCUCCGUCGCGCCUGUCCGCCACGAUCCAUCCCUUUCUCCUUCGCGAGUGCGAGGCCCGACGAGUGCAAGCCCUCUACUACUGUGCUCCGCGGACUGUGUCCGCGACUCGUGCUACGUACCUGCUUGCCUGCCCGCUCGCCUGCACCCUGCAACCCCCCCGACCAGUGCCGCUGUCCCACCCCCGUGAGAGGCCAACGUGGGAUCGAUAUUUACGAGGAAUCUUUGACUCUCGGGCCGGCCGUCUUCCUCGUCGGAUCCCGCAGAUCCCGCGAUCGCACGAGCUUUCGUCGCACAUCCACAAUGGCCGCCUGUUUAUGACAAUUCGGGGGCUCGUGAAGUGUUGUCACCAGCGGGUAGCUGCUGCAGCAGCAGCAUCAUCAGCAUCGUGCUGACGGGCGCGACGGCGCCUCUGUCUUAGCCUUCUUCUGGCAGGUGUUUAAACUACGCUGGCCACGAAAGAGGCUUCACCCGGCUGAGUAUUAUUCCGUCGCUGCACUAGCAAUCCCACGUCCAAAGUGGCUAAGAGCGUAAGUCCCCGUCGCGCUCACCAGGAGUGCUCCAGCGGGGUGGAGGUACAGGUGCCACAGGUGCAGCAGGAGAGACGAACACCGAGGCGCAUGCCUUACCUGGGGCCUGACAUGACAACCCGGCUGUCCGCCAUGUUCUACACGGUCGAGGUCGGGGACACCAAGUUCACCAUCCUGAAACGGUACCAAAAUCUCAAGCCCAUCGGCUCGGGCGCGCAGGGAAUAGUCUGCGCGGCGUACGACACUGUCACUGCGCAGAAUGUGGCGAUCAAGAAGUUGUCCAGACCCUUUCAAAACGUGACACACGCGAAGAGGGCCUACCGAGAGUUCAAGCUGAUGAAGCUGGUCAACCACAAAAACAUUAUCGGUCUCCUGAAUGCGUUCACGCCGCAGCGGUCUCUGGACGAGUUUCAAGACGUGUACCUGGUGAUGGAGCUCAUGGACGCGAAUCUGUGCCAGGUAAUCCAAAUGGAUCUGGAUCACGAACGGAUGUCCUACCUCCUCUAUCAGAUGCUGUGCGGCAUCAAGCACUUGCACUCCGCCGGCAUUAUUCAUAGGGAUUUAAAGCCGAGUAACAUUGUCGUAAAGUCGGACUGCACGCUGAAGAUCCUCGACUUCGGCUUGGCGAGGACCGCCGGCACCACAUUCAUGAUGACACCUUACGUCGUCACCCGAUAUUAUCGGGCACCAGAGGUGAUCCUCGGCAUGGGAUACAAGGAGAACGUGGAUAUCUGGUCGGUGGGCUGUAUCAUGGGCGAGAUGAUACGGGGCGGAGUGCUCUUCCCGGGCACGGAUCAUAUCGAUCAAUGGAACAAAAUAAUCGAGCAACUGGGUACUCCGGCGCAGGAAUUCAUGCAACGGCUGCAGCCUACUGUCAGAAAUUACGUGGAGAACAGGCCGCGAUAUCCGGGCUACCCCUUCGAAAGGCUAUUUCCGGACGUGCUGUUCCCCUCGGAUUCGUCGGAGCACAAUAGAUUAAAAGCGAGUCAAGCCAGGGAUCUAUUGUCGCGCAUGCUCGUGAUCGACCCGGAGCGACGCAUUUCUGUCGACGAGGCGUUGCUGCACAAUUACAUAAAUGUCUGGUACGACGAGGGAGAAGUUAAUGCUCCCGCACCGGGACCGUAUGAUCACAGCGUGGACGAGAGAGAGCACACGGUGGAUCAGUGGAAGGAACUGAUCUACCAAGAGGUCAUGGAAUACGAGACAAGCCACAAUCCUGCGGCGGUAGCUGCGUCGUCAGAGAGUUCUGGAAGCCGGUAGAUACAGCGGAGCCCAUCAGACUCCUUCUCGUCGAGGAAGCAUCCCGACAGUCUGACUUAUCGCGUCGACAUUGCCGAAGCGUAGAGAAGGAGAGAGAGAGAGAGAGAGAGAGAGAGAGAGAGAGAGAGAGAGAGAGAGAGA